AUGGCGAUAAUAGGUGACGCCUUGCGGCAGGCGUUCAUGCCGAAGCACGAGUACGAGAGCCUCCGCGAAGAGGAGAAGGCAUGGCACAAGCUCCACAAGCCGCUGAUUUCCGUCUUGCUUACCCUAAUCUCGCUCGCUGUUUUGAUCUCCACUGUGAUUAGCUUGAAGAUAGUUUUUCCGGAUGACAAUUUGCGGCGCCCCUUCUGCCGCGAUCUUAGGAUUCAGCCUCUGUCGAUCAAUUUCACCGCCGCGGCCGCCGGAGAGGCGGAUCGCCUGCCUGGAGCGUUUGUUUUGACGGAUCAGGAGACAGUUGAUUAUUACUGGAUGGUGGUUUUCGUUCCAUCCGCCAUGGUUUUCGCAGCUUCUGUGGUCUACUUGAUUGCAGGUGGGGUCCGCUGUCUGUCCAUACUGAAUGUGGUGUUUGCCAUCACGUUUGGCCUCCUCGCCCUAUUCCUCGGCUCGACCCUCCUCACCCUUGGCAGCAGCUGCUCUGUGCCCCUCUUCUGGUGCUACGAGAUCUCGUCAUGGGGCAUGGUCAUCCUCCACGGUGGUGCCACUUUCUUCCUCCGAAGAAAAGCGGCUUCGGUGCUCGACGAGGGUGACUUUGCUGGAAGAAAUGUUGGGCUCGAGAUGCUCGAGUCGGGACCCGUGGAGGUUACCCCAGACAUCGAGAGGCGUGUCGACGAGGGUUUCAAGUCUUGGAUGGGCCCAUCUUUCCUGUCGUCGGACGAGGAGGACGAGCCCGACGCCUACUUGGAAGUGCCAAAUGUAUCGCACUUCAACUCCACACGUCAGAGGGUGUGA